AUGGAAGCCGCGGACCGACCCCAAAACCCGAACGACGUCGUCUCCGGCGUAUCCUCGCCGGAAACUGAUCUCUCCCACUCCUCCAGCCCUCCGGAGACCAACCAAAACGAAUCACUAAACCAGUCCUCUGCGAACCCCUCUGCGCCUCCGCAAUCCACGCUCGAAGCGCCGAUCUCGGAUUCCCAAGAUGAGUCCUCCGAGCCCAUCCCUGAAGACGCGCCCAAUGCUCCACCUCAUAACCCUAGGCCGGGUCCGGCGGACACCACCGGCCUUCCCCCCAAACGACGCCGUCGCAGGAAGAAGUUCUUCACGGAGCUGAUCGGCACUCCGUCGAUGGCCAAGAGCCGCCGCACCGACCUCAACAAAGAGGUCGACACCGAAGCACUGAUCGCACUCUCGGUGGGGUUUCCGGUGGACUCGCUCACGGAGGAGGAGAUCGAGGCCAACGUGGUCCCUAUCAUCGGCGGCGUUGAGCAGGCCAACUAUAUAGUCGUCCGGAACCACAUUCUGUCCAGGUGGCGGUCCAACGUGUCGUUCUGGCUGACCAGGGAGAUGGCUCUGGAGUCGAUCCGGCUCGAGCAUAAAGGGUUGGUCGACAAGGCUUACGAUUUUCUGGUUGAGCACGGCUAUAUUAACUUCGGGCUAGCUCCGGCGAUUAAGGAUGCGAAGUUGAGGUCGUUUGAUGGGUCGGAGAGGGGCAAUGUGGUCAUUGUGGGAGCUGGUUUGGCCGGUUUGGUGGCGGCGAGGCAGUUGGUGUUUUUGGGGUUUAAAGUUGUGGUAUUGGAAGGGAGGAGUAGGGCUGGAGGGAGAGUGAAGACGAAGAAAAUGAAAGGGGAGGGAUUGGAGGCUGCAGUCGAUCUCGGUGGGAGUGUCCUCACUGGAAUAAAUGGGAAUCCACUAGGGGUUCUAGCUCGGCAAAUGGAGCUGCCUCUUCAUAAGGUGAGGGACCUGUGCCCGCUUUACUUACCAGAUGGGAAAUCAGUUAAUUCUGUUAUGGAUGAUAGAUUAGAGGCUUCUUUUAAUAAGUUGUUAGAUAGAGUUUGUAAGCUUAGGCAUGCAAUGAUUGAGGAAGUUAAGUCUGUAGAUGUUCCAUUAGGGACUGCGCUGGAAGCUUUUCGGAGAGUGUGCAAUGUGGCUCAGGAUCCACAGGAGAGAAUGCUCCUGGAUUGGCAUCUAGCUAAUUUGGAAUAUGCAAAUGCCACCUUGAUGUCCAAUUUGUCGAUGGCUUAUUGGGAUCAGGAUGAUCCGUAUGAGAUGGGUGGUGACCAUUGUUUUAUACCUGGAGGCAAUGAGACCUUUGUGCGAGCGCUUGCAGAGGGUCUUCCAAUUUUCUAUGACAGGACUGUGCAAAGUAUUAGGUAUGGAGCUGAUGGGGUUUUGGUUUAUGCAAAUGGUCAGGAGUUUCGGGGAGACAUGGUUCUUUGCACUGUGCCUUUAGGUGUGCUUAAGAAGGGGUCAAUUGAAUUUGUCCCGGAUCUUCCACAAAGGAAAAAAGAUGCAAUUGAGAGUUUGGGAUUCGGAUUGUUGAAUAAGGUGGCGAUAUUAUUUCCUUAUAACUUUUGGGGUGGAGACAUUGAUACUUUUGGGCAUUUGACUGAGGACCCGAGUAUGAGAGGGGAGUUCUUUCUGUUUUAUAGCUAUUCUUCUGUAUCAGGAGGUCCCCUUCUGGUUGCACUUGUUGCAGGAGACGCUGCCAUUAAGUUUGAGCUAAUGUCACCUUUGGAGUCUGUCAAUAGGGUGUUGGAGAUUCUGAGGGGCAUUUUCCACCCAAAAGGUAUUGCUGUUCCGGAACCUAUUCAGGCAGUGUGCACUCGGUGGGGGAAGGAUGAGUAUGCAUACGGGUCAUAUUCAUAUGUUGCAGUAGGUUCUUCCGGAGAUGAUUAUGAUAUUCUUGCAGAGUGCAUUGGUGAUGGGCGAGUAUUCUUUGCUGGAGAGGCCACUAACAAGCAGUAUCCAGCAACAAUGCAUGGAGCUUUGCUCAGUGGGAUGAGAGAAGCUGCCAACAUUUUGAGAGUAGCUAAAAGGAGGUCGAUAACCCCAUCACAGGAAUUAAAUAAUUCUUCCGUGGAAAACGAGGAUUUGGAUAAAUUAUUCAACAGCCCUGACUUAACAUUUGGGAGCUUCGCCGUUUUAUGCGAUCCCAAGUCAUCUGAUCCGGAGUCUACAUCCCUGAUUAGGGUGAAACUCGGAGGGGAAAAGUCGGACAUGGGAUGUUUCAGUCUGUAUGGCUUAAUAUCAAACAACAAUGCCUUUAAGCUGAGAGAUGUAGAAGGUGAUGGGAACAGGAUGACGAUGUUAAAUUAUGAAUUCGGAGUGAGGCUGGUUGGGAGAAAAGGUCUGACUGGUGUUGCAGAACCUCUUAUCGCCUGCAUUAGAUUAGCAAAAUCAGGUAUGCAACAGUAGUAGGUUGGAGCUGUGUUUGCAUAGUGAAGCAGAUCAUUGUUUCAACAACGGGAAGAAAUUCAUCUCAAGGUUAAUUGUUGUUGUAGUAAAAAUAAUUACUAAUGCCAAGAAGAUUGGAACUUGCAAGGCUGAAGUGAUUCUUGUUGGGCAUAGAGAACCACUUCAGUUGUUUAACAAUAACAAUAUAACCGUUGCGAAUUGCUUGUAAUUCUUUUUAGAUGUGAAAGACGAUUCGUUCAUCCCUACAUUGAUAUUGUUGUACUUUACUUAAAUUAGUUCAUGUAGUUGCACUGUUGCAGUA